AUGCCAGAUAAUAAAGGUUCCGAUGAAGAAGACGAAGAAGACGAAGAAGAGGAAGAAGACGAAGAAGAAGAAGAAGAAGAAGAGGAAGAAGACGAAGAAGAGGAAGAAGACCAAGAAGAGGAAAAAGACAAAGAAGAGAAAGAGCUGGCAGACGAUGAGAAUAGCGACGAGGAAAGACCAAGAGGAUCUAUAGGCAGUUUUUUCCGGACCCCUGCAGACAGGCAAGCUCCUUGA